CCGACAGGUUUUCUUUGUCAGUCUCAGCUACUUUAUUCAGCUCACAUCCGUUGAAGUCCUAUUUGCAUGAUUAUUUUGAAAAUGCGUCGGUUCUUCGUGGUGCUUGUGACUUUUAUAAAACUGUUUCCGUUCCGUCAAACAGUAUUAGUUUUCACUGUGGUUGUUGUUUGUCCAUUUGUGUUUGGCUGAGUUUGAGCUCUGGUGCUCUUCCAGGGACAGAUGUGCGCCGUUGCUGUCGCAUCAUUAGGACCCAGCCUCUGACUCACCAUCACAUGCUGCCUGGUGCACCUCGUCUACAGAUCCACUGUUUUGUUUUUGUCUGACGCACAAAGGCAGGGAAGGUGAUGGGAACUCACUGGGACUCUUUGGCGCGUGAAGGAUCUCAUGUUUCAUUUUCUCCAGAGCAUUCAGCUGCUGGUGGCGCUCACAAACAGAAAAGAUGCGGGAGAUAACUUGUCUCUAAGUUAGAUUUUUUUAAAAAAAAUUUUUUUGUUUAUGUUUGUGCCGCGUUUUUUUUCUGCUGCAUCUGUUCUGAUCGGAAUAUUCCACCUCAUGAAUUUCGCCUGGCGAUGUGUAGUUCGUACAUAUCGAGCAUGUAAUUCGUUUUAUUACUAACACGCCUACUUGUUCUGUUGAACAAGGACCUUCAGCAUCAACUACUGUUGCACCACUCCAGAAUGCGCGUUGUAGAUGAAGCGGAUAAUUCCUACUGACCAAAAAAUACCUCCAUGUUUGUGUUAGGCUCUGGGGAGGACCAGGUUCCCUGGAGGGUCUCAGACGUUCCUUGUCCGCUCAGAGUUGUCACUUGUUUCAGGUUCACUGUGCCCAAGGGUUACAACGCGCGCAAGGAUCUUGGUUUUACGCACGGCUGCCAACCUUUGCCAUCACUUCCGAAACCCCUAACACUGAUGAUGGGAGAAAAGGGUAGCGCCAGGGGGUUUGAGGAAUCCGAGACCCGGUGUGCCUUUAGUAAUCAGGGCCAGGCACGGCCCCGUGAAUAACCGCGCGGCGACAGCAUGCCGUCUUGGCCCAAUCUGUCGGAGUGCCUCUCCCAUAACUGCUCCUGGGAUGAGACCCACAACACCACAGGGAACACUGACUUUGGCCUACCUCCUCUCAAUUACUACUCAAUCCCUCUCCUCACAAUCAUCACAGUCGCCUGCACGCUGUUGUUUCUGGUCGGGGUGGCCGGGAAUGUCAUGACAAUUUUGGUGGUCAGUAAGUACCGGGACAUGCGCACCACAACCAACCUGUACUUGUGUAGCAUGGCCGUAUCAGACCUUCUCAUCUUCCUCUGUAUGCCACUGGAUCUCUACCGUAUGUGGAGGUACAGGCCCUGGCAGUUUGGAGACGCGCUUUGUAAGCUCUUUCAAUUCGUGUCAGAGUCUUGCACCUACUCCACCAUCCUGAACAUCACGGCGCUGUCAGUGGAGCGCUACCUGGCGAUUUGUUUCCCGCUGCGUGCCAAGGCGUUGGUUACUAAAAGGCGGGUGCGUGCCCUCAUACUUCUGCUCUGGACAGUCUCUCUUUUGAGUGCCGGACCUGUGUUUGUCAUGGUGGGAGUGGAGCGAGACAGCACGGAGCCGACAAAUCUCAGUUCGGGAGUGAAUGAGACUGGAUUCUCUUCGGAGGCCGGGGACACCCGGGAGUGUAAGAUGACCCAUUAUGCAGUGGAAUCGGGCCUGAUGGGGGCCAUGGUGUGGUUGAGCUCUGUUUUCUUCUUCAUGCCGGUGUUCUGUCUCACAGUGCUCUACAGCCUAAUAGGGCGUCGGCUGUGGCAGAGACAUAGAGAGACAACCAUAAACUCUCGAGUGGCUCACCGAGACAAAAGCAACAGACAGACCAUCAAGAUGUUGGUGGUGGUGGUGCUGGCCUUUGUCCUGUGCUGGUUGCCGUUCCACGUGGGUCGCUACCUGCAGUUCCGCUCUCUGGACGCACCUUCCCCGUUGCUGUCUGUGUUGUCCGAAUACUGCAGUUUGGUGUCCGUGGUUCUCUUCUACCUGAGUGCAGCCAUCAACCCCAUCCUCUAUAACACCAUGUCCUGGAAAUACCGGGGCGCAGCGGCGCGUCUCUUCGGCCUGACCGACAGCCAGCCGCCAAGAGGACGCACAGCCAGCACCGUGAAGGGAGACGGCUCGAACGGUUGGACGGAAUCCACAGUCAGCUACUGAACGUACAACUGUUGGACAAAUGAAACACGGUUAGGCGUAAGGCGAACACGCUGACAUUAAAGCCUUAUGGUAAAUUAACUGCACUGUACAUGCGUUGUGAGUACUCGAGUGGGACUAAAAGAAUCAGAGAAUGAGAAAACAGCGUGCCAAAAAAGCUACAAGCCUCAAUUUACUUCGUCAGCAUGCUUCAAUAGCACUUCGAUUUUUCUCCAGCAGAUUCAUUUUAUUGUUGGAUCAUUUCAGCAAGUGCUAUCCACCGCUCAUAGAACACACUCAGCAGCACCUGGGAAGCACGACUGGUGGAGUGAACAUUACGCACUAGCCUGAAGUGCUUUCAUUGAUCCAAAUGUGAAUAACGUACAACAGGGGCGCGCAGAGCCGGUCUACACGCACACAUAUAGAGAUAUGUUAGACAUCUACAAUUGCCUUAUAUUGAAUUCAUAUUCUGGAUGACAAAGAAAGCACUGUAGAACUUGUAGCACUUCUCUGUACUCCUUCAGAGAGGGGCAGAGUGUGCAGUGUGUGUGUGAGUGUGUGUGUGUGUGAGAGAGAGAGAGCAUGAAUGUGUGUUUUGUGUGCCAUGGUUUUAGAUAUGAUUUAUGGAAUAUGUGGGUGAGAGUGUGAGUAUGCCACAGUACUAUGUUACUGCGUUACUGUUAUAAAUUUUACAACAUACUGAAUGAAUGCCCUUCAUCUUGGAAAUUCAAGUCCAAGCUGUGUCGAUGCUGCCAAGAAGGGCCACCGUGGUUGGGGGUGCAGUCCCUGAAAUGAAGAGCGCAGCCAUCUGCUGGGUUUCAACAUCAAGGCUGGAGUUUGGUAUAAGGGAGCAACAAAUGAAGUUGAUUUUUAGGGGCUGUGGGAGAACAGAAUGCAAACAUGUAUUUAUCACUAUGUGUCUAAAAUAUGUAAUUAUACUUCAUUGUUGUUCGUUGAUCAACGUUAUUGAAGUUGCAGGCUCUUGCUUCUUGAAAUAAAACGUCUGAAAACCAAAACUCCAUGGACAGGGUUUAAGAAGCCACCGCCAGUGUUUAAGUUUCACUCGUGUAGUACAUUGAAAAGGAAUAAGUUUGGUGCAAAGACAGCUGAUUGAUGUUACUGUAAAAAUCAAAAUGUCACUGGCCAUAAAUGCCUGAGCUUUCUGCAUCUGAUGAACUGUGCACCACUGAGACGUUAUCAUCUCAGGUGUUUUGAUGCCCGUUAUCUUCAUGCAACACACAGCACAUGAUCUUUUUUGUUAAUUACAGAAUAUGCUUACCUGUGGAUCCUGUCAUUUGUCUGAUUUGACAAGAUUUGCUAUGCUCAAUUUUGGUAAGUAAUGAAAACAGUUUGGAGAAGGUUGAGUAACUUUUCAUUUUAUUUAUUUAUUUUUUUACCUUUCAUAAAGCUGUUCAAGAGCAGUCAACCUGGAAAUAUAAGCUGCCCUGUGGGUUCACACUCAUCUUUGGCUCAAGUUGUUCCUGACUCCCUGAAAAGUUUGACACAAUCUCAAACAAAGAUGGUGAGAUUGCAUGGGUGCCCGUUUGGAAAAUGUUUUCAUGGGUGACUCUGUAGCGUGUGAUGUUGUUUGAAAUGAAACAUCCUAAUGUGCCAAAGGAGCCAACCUUAACAAAACGUCACACUAUUAUAAGAAAGGUUUUGAAAUAUGACAACGAAACACGAGGAAAAAUAAAAGUGAUUUCAUUUUGUAAAGCGUAUCGUGCACCCUUUUGGACAAAGAGGAUCAGUGAAUUGUCUAUAAAUGAUGAUGUUCUGCUUGCUUUAAAUUGUAAAUAUGUGCUUUGUAACGCUACACACUCAGUUCUGUACUCUCAGAUGGUUUCAGCAGUCCAAAUCACCGCAGCAGCCUCCACUUACCUGCACUGGAUUUCACAAGGCCUCCUGGCUCUGAGGAAUGUACCUCUGUUAAAUGAAUGUGUCUGACUGUACAUACUGAUGUCAUGACAUACUGUUUAUUGAUCUACAGGAUUUCUGCUAAUUAAAAGAGUAACAUUUGAUUCAUAUUUUCUUUUCUUUUUUUUUUUUUUGGAAAAUGUCUGUGAAUAUCCUC